CAGAAUUCAGGAGAGGCUUACAGAAUGGAUCACGAACCCCGAGGUUACUGCGUCAUCAUCAAUAACCAGUCCUUUACCAACAUGCGCUCACGUAUUGGCACUGACCGUGAUGAAGAUUCUCUGCAGGAGAUCUUCAAGUGGCUGAAGUUCCAAGUGAAGGUUUACCGGGACCUGACCAGUGAGGAGAUGUGCCAGACACUGCAGAAUUAUCAGGGAGAGAUGCAGCGGGACCGGGACUGCUUUGUGUGUUGUGUGCUGAGCCAUGGAGAGAAGGGCAUCGUGUUUGGCACGUGUGGCAACAAGCUCAGGAUCCGCACCCUCACUACCCUCUUCUCGGCCUCCAACUGCCCGUUACUGCGGCAGAAACCCAAGAUUUUCUUUAUCCAGGCGUGCCAGGGCAGCCGGAAGCAGGAUGGGGUGCUGGUGCAGACAGACUGUGAGACCCCCGCCCCCACCCUUGCCGCCAGGCUGGAGGAGGAUGCCCAGCGCUCCUCUGGCCCCAUCAUCCCCGACGAGGCCGACUUCCUGCUGGGCAUGGCCACUGUAGAGGGCUACGUCUCCUUCCGGCAUGUGAGUGAGGGCACCUGGUACAUCCAGUCCCUGUGUGCCAACCUCCGGCAACACUGUCCCAGUAACGACUUGCUGAGCAUCCUGACGAUUGUAAACCGUGAUGUGAGUGAGAAACAGGACGGCAAAUACAAGACCCAGAUGCCACAGCCCAGCUACACCCUCAGGAAGAAACUCUUCUUCCUCAUCUAGCACAGCUUCCGAAGCAAGCCCUGCAACCAAGACAAUGCACAGGCUUCAACUCUGAGCACUUCACAGGGUUUACUACAAACAGCACUGACUGUUUUUGUGGA